UGUUUGAAUUUGCAAGUCUGAGCUCGUCUUCCCCUCUUCUAUGACCCGAUAUUGGAAUCGUUGUGAAUAACGUGCUGAGUAUUCACUAUAAUGCUCCUUCCUCUCACAUUCCCCGCCUAUGCAAGCAUUCAAGAUGCUAGUGGUCCUCCAAUAAACGUCAUUGAGUCCGACUUUAACUCGGAACAGACAGCUUCCUUCGUAUCCUGGAGAACAGAGAAUGGCUUCCAUCAUACUGCUGUUGGCAGCUCCACGGGCUCUAUCAGCGUCUUCAGCUUCCACCCUACCAAUACUCCAAACUCAGACUCGCGUGCAAGACUCACUAUCACACCGCCUUCUGAGCAUAAUCCACCUUCUGCCCCGUCUACACCAGGAAGAUCUCCCUCCGACUCUCGACGGCAUUCUCGAUCCCUCCAGUCGCCCUCGUCGCUAUCAUUCAAUCAAGCUCUAAUCAAUGUAUCCGCCAGAGCGCGAGUGGUUUCUGGCGUAUCACGUGAACAAGUAGAAGCCCCGAAGAAUUAUGUUGACUUCGAAGACGAACCUGGCCGAUUGAAGGACAUACUCAAGAGCAACAGCAAGCACGAGAGGCGGUUGUGGGAGCGCACUCUCGCAGACGCAAUACUCCCUAGCUUUGAUAGAGGCGUGGUCAUAGAACAGUCUCCCGCUGCCUCUCCAACGGUUCUGCCCACCUUGCCAAACUUACCUUCUAGCACGAGCAAAACUAAAGAUGAUCCCAAAUCGCUGCUUUCAGCAACAAAUUCCCCGAUGUUCUCCCCGGCAUCACUUUCGACACCGCCGUCUCCUCGUCAACUAUCACCUCCUUCCGAUGGCUCACCAUCUAGCGGAACAGUUUUCAAAGCAAGCAUCAUCCUUGAUCCUUGUGGACCUGGGCAUGCAGCAUCUGCCAUGCGGUAUAUGGAGACGGCGGACCUAUUGGUAGUUCUUCAAGAAUCAGGCAAUUUAUCUGCCUUUGACGUGCGAGACAGUGCGUGUGUGGCAACAUGCCAAUGCACGACCACAAGAUCAUACCAGGAUCAAUUUUGGAAAUGGGAGGCUAUUCGAAUGGUGCCCACGGGAGACACAACGUACUUCAUUCUGGUGUGCGCAUCACCUUCGCAGCCUCCUUUUGCAGAGACAUUCGGCCUUGCGGAUGAACCUCGUGAUUCCAAGGCGCGUCUGAAUAUGUUUGAGCUUUCUGUGGGGGAUUCAUAUGGUGUACAUCCCACGAGGUUUGAGAGGCUCGCAACUGAUGACUGGCGAGUCGAUGCGCCGGCCGGCGGAGUAGAGUUACUUAUGAAUGAUAUCGACGGUUCUAUUCAGCUAGUGUAUAUUAAUUCAAUGAACCACCUUGUCACCCAGUGCUUGACCAUCAUCCCCGAAUACGAAACACGAGCUCGCAGACGGUCCUUCACGUCUUCUCCAGCUCAUUCUCAAGAAGAUCACAAGUCAUUGGCGAUCCCAAACCCAUUCAAAGCAUUUACUAGCAAGAGUGCUGAGAAUGUCGCUCUGCUGGGUCAAAAUCACAGUUUCGGAACAGAGCAGGAGAGCAUCUCUGCUACAACCGCGACAGGAAACCUUGGGCGAGUUCGGCUGGAGGAAGAAGAAUCCCGUGGUAUUGUGAUCUUAUCUCCAGGGUUUUUGCUUGAAGGCAUUAUUGUCCGCUAUGCUGGUUUGAAUGAGAGGAUUAUAGGACUUGCAUGGUCGAAUACAGAUAUCACGGGAUUCACUGCAGGACAGCAAGAGGAAUCUCUUAUUACAACUUUCGCUGUUCCUUUCAGGAGCCGGAGUAAGAUCCAAGGUGUACAUUUCAUGGAUGACGAAGCGUUCGUGGUACUUGGUGACACCAUCUCUCACUACUAUUUGCGGCGCGUUGAUGCUGACAAUAAUACUGCAACCACUUAUUCUAGAACGCCGAUAAUUACUCAAGCAAUUCAAACGAUGACGACUUCUGGUGGUCCUUCGUUGAUGCUGUCAUGGUCAAGAUCGUCCCCUCACGAUGUCCUUGCGCUCAGGCAGCUUCGAUCAGGGCAGAAGGAGAUUUCAGUUCAUACUAUUCAUCCCAGACAGGAUGUGCCGAACAAGCAGCAACGCCGAAGAUUGUGGAGAGCACAGAGUCCGUCAAGUGGUACCAUCCCAGGAGGAGCAACGUUGAUGUCCGUUCUGCCCUUAGAGCUCAACUUCGUCUUGCUAGGUUACAGUGAUGGCCACAUUCGACAAACUUCGUUGCCGUGCCUUUUGCAGCGAAGGUACCAUGUACAAUCUGUGCCCCUCUCCGCCUUUUCUCCCAUAUCUGGCAGUGAUGUGCUCUUCGACAAAGUAUCAGAUAUGGGCUUGCCCUCGUCUAUAAUGAACAUGCAUCUUGUCCGAAACGAUCGCACGGGUGAACGAUAUAUCUUAGGAGGAACAGAUGAUGGUGGCAUUGCUAUCUGGGCACUGGAAUCCCUAAAGCUCCAAGCGCGAUUUACUCCGUUUAUCGUACCUCUGAUGCAUGUAGCGCAGGUGCUACAAUCGAACGACAAUGCUGGGCCUCUGCGGGGAUCGCUACUCUGCAUUUCAGGGGAUGGUACUAUUGCUGUGGUAUCGAUAGAAGGUUUCGAAAUGCUUUACCUCAUUCCUGGGGCGUCGUCUCCGAUAGCCCGCAUAUAUGCAGGUGGGGACGACAGCAAUCGUGCAGUAUUAAUCUACGCAGAUGGGAGCGCGCGUGUCUGGGACGUUGAAUCAGGUGAAUUCUUUCGUGCAACGACUGAAGAGAAAGUCAAAGAGCUCGUCGAUGCUGGAGGCUGGAUUAACAUCUCCAUCGACAAGUCGGAGCUGACCUCCAUCUCCGUUUCGAUGCUUAGUGGAUCUGUUGGACCUGUUUCACUGUGCACCCUGUUGCUGAGUCUAGAUCGCUUCCUGAAAUACACCUCCGUGAACGUUAAAUCUUCGGGACAGUCAUCAUCAUCUACCCCUUCAAACGCUACACUUUCGCAGCUUCGUGCUGUGUUGUCUGCAUUACUGACACCUGGACUCAGUCCUGACAUAGACGAAAUCUGUGAAAAUAAGCUUGGUACUGGCCCAUCACCGAGUACAGUAGGGUUUUCAUCUGCGCAUGCCACCACAAUCUACCACCAUGAUCACCCAAUUCACGCUUGGUCGAUGUCAGCCAGAGCAUCUGCGAAUCGCGUCCUCGCGAUUGUCUCGGUCUUGAGGACUUUAUCCCUCGCCGAAGAGCUGUCGCACGACUGCCAGACAGUCAUAACAUUCUACUCUACUUCCCUAGCUCACAUAGUGGGUGCGUCAUACCAACCUCCGGACGUCGCGUAUCUGGCUACACAGUGGUUCGACUCAUCCAACGACGUGCGGCAAGCUGCAAAAACCCUUUUUGACGUGGGGAUUGCGCGUCUUUCGGAUGAAGAGAGUAUUGCUCUUGUUGAUGCAUGGCAACACCACCUUCCAUGCUUGCAGCCCUCCAUCGAGAAGCAAUCCGCAAAGUCUUCUCUCGCUUUGUUCAUUUGCGGAUACAUGGCAGCUGAGAAAUACAGUCUAUUAUCCACCAGCUCACUCGUCGACAUCUCCAAGUCAAUCGCGUUGUAUUUGCACGACGAAUCAUCUGCGCACCGUGGACUAGCCAUUGACCUAUGCGCACGCGGAUUUCAGAUAUGGCAGCAUUACAUCGACGCUAUGGCGACGCUCCGCGCAUUGUACACCCUCGCUACAAACACACGCAAGGAAACUAUCUCAGCUCAAAACAUCGGGCCCCAAGCAAGAUUGGCAGUGUUGCAAAUUGCAUCGAGUAAUACACCUUUGUUCAUGACCACGCUCACACUAGACAUUCUCAAUCCAAAGACGCUGGAUCAGCGGAAAGCAGUUAUGCAGUUGGUGGCGUUCAUGAUCAGGAAGAGGCCCCUUAUUCUGUACCCAAAUCUUCCUAGGUUGAUGGAAGCCGUGGUCAAAUCACUAGAUCCCAAUUCCACAGCGAGCCGUGACGCCGUACUCGACAGUGCUACCGAGAUCAUUGGCCAUGUGGUGAAAACGUUCCCCACAGUCGACUUCCACAUGGCGACUCAACGUCUUGCCGUCGGAACGAGCGAAGGCGCUUUCAUUAUGUAUGAUCUAAAGACGGCAACGCAGCUGUAUGUCCUCGAAGGACAUAAACGGCGUCCGGCGGCAUGUACGUUUUCACCUGACGGACGCCGCCUCGUGACUAUGUCCCUUGAAGAAGGUGUUGUGCUUGUCUGGAAAGUCGGCUCAAGCUUCACAAGUUUCUUCAACCCCGGAGCUCCGCCCAGGCAAGGUCAUGGUGGAUCUUUGCCAUUCAAAACACUCAAUUUCAACGUUGGUGACGAAGCCAACAUGACUAUCACGGGCACAUUGGAGUGUGUGAAGUUUGAAUGGCCAGCCGAACGCACCGUUCGUCUUCACAUCCGAGAAAGCGUCCUAACGUUUAGUACCUGACCUACGAGGUGUCAAUGCUACAUUGCAAUAUUGUUGUAACAUCAUUGAUUGUUCGUGAAAAGAAAUAUCGCAGGAAGUUCUAAUUCUCAA